GGAUUCUGGAAUGGCCACUAUAGAGACCACACCUUCAAGAGCCAGAGGUGCUUUCUCUCUGGACAGUUUUAUGAAUACAUAAGGAGGUUCUGUCCCCACUCCCUUCGCAACCGCAUCUUAUUGAUGCCGGGAGGAAGGACAGAGUGAGCCUGCUAUGCCUUGUCCCCUUUUCACACCACUCUUGCCCUGAGUCAUUGGAAUUCAGUGGAUCAGAUGGAGCCUGAACGUCAUCAAGAAGGUAAUGAGCCGAAAAGAUCAUGUCUGAAAUACAAGGAACGGUUGAGUUUUCGGUAGAGCUACAUAAAUUUUAUAAUGUGGAUCUCUUUCAGAGAGGGUAUUACCAGAUCCGAGUGACCUUGAAGGUGUCUUCAAGGAUCCCCCACAGACUGAGUGCCUCCAUCGCUGGGCAGACAGAGAGCAGCAGCCUGCAUUCAGCCUGUGUCCAUGACAGCACCGUGCACAGCCGGAUCUUUCAGAUCUUAUACCGGAAUGAAGAGGUACCCAUAAAUGAUGCUGUGGUCUUCCGAGUUCAUUUGCUCUUGGGUGGUGAAAGGAUGGAAGACGCACUGAGUGAAGUAGAUUUUCAACUCAAGGUGGAUCUGCACUUUACGGACAGUGAACAGCAGUUGAGGGAUGUGGCUGGGGCACCGAUGGUCAGCAGCCGAACACUUGGCCUGCACUUCCACCCCCGGAAUGGUCUGCACCACCAGGUCCCGGUCAUGUUCGACUAUUUCCACCUGUCUGUGAUCUCGGUGACCGUCCAUGCUGCCCUGGUGGCUCUGCAGCAGCCAUUGAUCAGUUUUACUCGUCCAGGAAGAGGCUCCUGGCUUGGUAAAGGUGGCCCGGACACCGGACAAGAACAGUCUAUCAUUUCUCUGGAAAACUUGGUCUUUGGAGCUGGGUACUGCAAGCCGACUUCCUCAGAGGGAAGCUUCUACAUCACCUCUGAGAACUGCAUGCAGCACGCACACAAGUGGCACCGAGACCUGUGCCUGUUGCUCCUCCACGCUUACCGGGGACUCCGUCUCCACUUCCUGGUGAUCAUGCGGGACAUCCCAGAGCUGCCACACACGGAGCUGGAGGCCCUUGCUGUUGAAGAAACACUUUCUCAGCUGUGCUCAGAGCUACAGAUGUUGAACAAUCCAGAGAAGAUCGCUGAGCAGAUAAGCAAGGAUCUGGCCUGGCUCACGUCCCACAUGAUGGCUCUGUGGACCCAGUUCCUGGACACAGUCACUCUGCACUCCCAAGUGACCACUUAUCUCACCCAGGAACACCACACCCUGAGGGUCCGAAGGUUUUCUGAGGCCUUCUUUUACAUGGAGCACCAAAAACUUGCAGUCCUGACAUUUCAGGAGAAUCUGAUACAGACGCACAGCCAGCUGUCCCUGGAUAUCCGGAACUCGGAGUACCUCACCAGCAUGCCCCCGCUGCCUGCAGAGUGCCUGGACAUCGACGGCGAUUGGAACACCCUGCCUGUGAUCUUUGAGGACAGAUACGUGGACUGCCCUGCGACAGGGCAUAACUUGAGUGUUUAUCCUAAUUUUGAUGUUCCAGUGACAAGUCCUACAAUAAUGAAUCUGAAAGACAAAGAAGAUAACUGUAUGGUAAAUAGCAAUUUAUCUUUUAGGGAAGACCUUGUCUUGUCUACCAUAAAACCAUCCCAAGUGGAUUCUGAUGAAGAAGUUAUAAGGUGUCCAGAGCCGGCUGAGAAUGUGGCCACACAAAAUCAUAUGGACAUGUGCUCUGAAUCUCAGGUGUAUAUAUCAAUUGGUGAAUUUCAAAACAAAGCAGGUGUGCCUGAAGAUGAAUGUUGGACUGGCCAAACAUCUGAUGCUGGGACAUAUCCAGUGGCAGAUGUGGAUACUUCUAGAAGGAGUCCAGGUCCAGAGGAUGGACAGGCCCCAGUGCUGACCUACAUUGACGUAAAAUCUAGCAAUAAGAACCCCUCCAGAGCUGAACCCCUGGUGGCCUUCAAUGCUCAGCAUGAGAGUAGGAGCGCUAGAGAUAAGUAUGGAUUAGACAGGACUGGGCUAAGCAAAGUGGUAGUAGGUGGAAGCCACCAAAAUGCCAUCUCUUCAGACAAAACAACUCUCCAUGAAUUAAGUACUCUAGGAAAGGGAAUAGAUCAAGAGGGGAAGAUGGUGCUGCUAAGCUUGAAACUCACCCCCUCUGAGCCCUGCGAUCCACUAAGUUCUACCCUGAGGGAGCCCUUAGAUAUUAGGUCUUCCCUAAAGGACUCUCACACAGAAGAGCAGGAGGAACUCUCAGUGCUAUCCGGGGUCAUCAAGAGAUCUUCAUCCGUCAUAUCUGAUUCAGGCAUUGAGAGUGAGCCAAGCUCCGUCGCCUGGUCAGAGGCCCGAAGCAGGGCUCUGGAGUUGCCCAGUGAUCGGGAAGUCUUGCACCCGUUUGUUCGAAGACAUGCCCUCCACCGGAACUCCCUAGAGGGUGGACACACAGAAAGUAACACAAGUUUGCCAAGCGGCAUCCAGGCUUCUCUCACCUCCAUUAGCUCUUUACCUUUUGAGGAGGAUGAGCGGGAGGUGGCACUCACUAAGUUAACCAAGUCUGUAUCUGCUCCCCACAUCAGUAGCCCAGAGGAGGCUGCUGAAGAUGCAGACACCAAGCAGCAAGAUGGAGGUUUUGCUGAACCUUCAGAUAUGCACAGCAAGAGCCAAGGUUCCCCAGGAUCUUGCUCUCAACUUUGUGGUGACUCUGGAACAGAUGCUGGAGCAGACCAUCCCCCGGUGGAGAUAGUUUUAGAUGCUGACAACCAGCAGGGCCCCGGAUACAUAGACAUCCCCAAAGGGAAAGGGAAGCAGUUUGAUGCUCAAGGACACUGUCUUCCUGAUGGCAGGACUGAGAACACUCCAGGUGUUGAAACCAAAGGUCUUAAUUUAAAAAUACCACGUGUCAUAGCACUUGAAAACCCCAGGACCAGAUCUCUUCAUAGAGCACUUGAGGAAACCCCAAAGGGCAUGCCUAAAGACUUGAAUGUGGGUCAGCAAGCUCUUUCCAACAGUGGCAUCUCAGAGGUUGAGGGUCUCUCUCAACAUCAGGUGCCUGAAUUGAGCUGUACGUCAGCUGCUGACGCCAUCAGCAUGAACUCAACAGGCCAGCAAAGCCAAAGCGGUUCACCUUGCAUUACGGAUGACACAGCAUUUAAUAGAGGAGUGAAUGCCUUCCCGGAGGCUAAACAUAAAGCAGGCACUGUGUGCCCCACUGUGACCCAUUCCGUUCAUUCCCAGGUUUUGAAAAACCAAGAGCUGAAGGCAGGCACCUCCAUCAUGGGGUCCCAUCUGACUUCUGCAGAGACCUUUACUCUGGACAGCCUGAAGGCUGUGGAGGUUGUGAACUUAUCUGUGUCUUGCACUGCCACCUGUCUCCCUUUCUCAUCUGUGCCCAAGGAGACCCCUGCCAGGGCUGGAUUCUCUUCCAAACAGACCCUGUUUCCCAUCACCCAUCAGCCUUUGGGAUCCUUUGGAGUUGUUUCUACCCAUUCCAGCACGUUGGAUGAGGAAGUCAGUGAGAGGAUGUUUAGUUUUUAUCAGGCCAAAGAAAAAUUUAAAAAAGAACUGAAGAUUGAAGGAUUUCUGUACAGUGACUUAACUGUACUAGCUUCUGAUAUACCAUAUUUCCCACCAGAGGAAGAGGAAGAAAAUUUGGAAGAUGGAAUUCACCUGGUUGUCUGUGUCCAUGGCCUGGAUGGGAACAGUGCAGACCUCCGGCUGGUAAAGACUUUCAUAGAACUGGGGCUCCCUGGAGGAAAACUGGACUUCCUAAUGUCUGAAAAGAAUCAGAUGGACACAUUUGCAGAUUUUGAUACUAUGACGGAUCGGUUAUUGGAUGAAAUCAUUCAACACAUUCAGUUGUACAACCUCUCCAUAUCCCGAAUUAGCUUCAUUGGCCAUUCUCUUGGCAACAUCAUCAUCCGAUCGGUCCUCACACGGCCCCGGUUCCGGUAUUACCUCAACAAACUCCACACGUUCCUGUCACUCUCUGGGCCUCACCUGGGAACCCUGUACAACAACAGCACCCUGGUUAGUACAGGCUUAUGGCUCAUGCAGAAACUGAAGAAAUCCGGGUCUCUACUGCAGCUGACCUUCAGGGAUAAUGCUGAUUUGCGCAAAUGUUUCCUCUACCAACUAAGCCAAAAAACAGGGCUGCAGUAUUUUAAAAACGUCGUGCUGGUUGCUUCUCCCCAAGACCGUUAUGUGCCAUUUCAUUCAGCCAGGAUUGAAAUGUGUAAAACUGCCCUCAAAGACAGACACACAGGGCCAGUUUAUGCAGAAAUGAUCAACAACCUCCUGGGCCCUCUGGUUGAAGCCAAGGACUGCACUUUAAUCCGACACAACGUGUUCCACGCCCUGCCCAACACUGCCAACACCCUGAUCGGCCGAGCCGCUCACAUCGCUGUGCUGGAUUCAGAACUCUUCCUGGAGAAGUUUUUCUUGGUGGCAGGACUCAACUACUUCAAGUAGUGGCUUUGAGGGAGCAGGUCUUUGGUAAUGCUUACGAUCAGUGGAGAGCUUUAGCUGAGACCUGCUUUUACAGACCUCACCAUUUCAGAGUGAAGCUUCAACAGCAUUGGGGGAUGGAGGCUCGGGUGGAACCUGACAUGAGAGGUGCUUUUGUUUUGGAGAUUUGAGAAAGCUGAGCAAAUAGACUAAAUGACAACAAA